AAAGGCAUCUCUCUCCCUGUUUCUGAGAUUUUCUUCGGCUUUUUCGUCUGCCUCUGUGUCAUUCUUAUCUCAGAUCUCGAAGAAAGUUUCCUCAUCGAUUCAAAGUUUGUGUGUUUGAUUGUUUUUCGAUGGGUUCUUCGUCGGGGCAACCAGAAUUUGAUUACUUGUUCAAAGUUUUGUUGAUCGGAGAUUCUGGUGUUGGGAAAAGCUCUCUCUUGUUGAGUUUCACAUCUAAUACCUUUGAUGACCUUUCUCCCACUAUCGGUGUGGAUUUUAAGGUUAAGUAUCUGACCAUUGGAGAGAAGAAACUGAAGCUUGCCAUUUGGGAUACAGCUGGGCAAGAGAGGUUUAGGACGCUAACAAGUUCAUAUUACAGAGGAGCUCAGGGCAUAAUAAUGGUGUAUGAUGUGACACGACGCGACACAUUCACAAAUCUAUCAGAUAUAUGGGCUAAGGAAAUCGACCUGUACUCGACAAAUCAGGAUUGCAUCAAGAUGCUUGUUGGGAAUAAAGUCGACAAGGAGAGUGAAAGAGCCGUCUCUAAAAAAGAAGGCAUAGACUUUGCUCGGGAGUACGGAUGUUUGUUUCUGGAGUGUAGUGCAAAGACUCGAGUCAACGUUGAGCAAUGUUUCGAAGAGCUUGUUCUUAAGAUCUUGGAAACGCCUAGUCUCACUGCUGAAGGUUCGUCUGGAGGGAAGAAGAACAUCUUCAAACAAAACCCAGCACAAACAAGCAGUGCUUCAUCGAGCUACUGCUGCUCUUCUUAGACACGGCUUAUUGGUUUAUGACAUAAAGUACACUCUUGCUCGUCUUCUUGUUCUUGGUUUCUGUUUCCCAAAGAUUAUAUGCAACAUCCUGGAUGUAAAAAUCUUAACCCUAAUUUCAAAGUUGUGAUCCCUGGUUUUCUA